AUGGCCUCCUCCGACAGCGAUGCAGCCUUCCAGCAACAGCUCCAAGAGUUGCAGAAGUUCACAGCCUGCGAUGUCUCCGACGCGCUCCUCCGCGUCCAAACCACCCCCUCGGGCACGCUCCCCCGCGCCGGCUUCCUCGCCGACAUCCUCCCAAUCACACCCAACGCACGGAAAAUCGUCGCACCAGCCUCCACCCUUAAGUACAUCAGCAAGUUGCCCUCGGAUGCACUCCCGACGCCCGCCCCGCUGCCGGAGGGUCAUCCUUCCGCCGUGCCCAAGGACAAGCACUGGGUCGACAUGACCCCCGCCGGCACGAUCGUCGUCAUCGAGUCCCCCGCCAAUGCGCACGCCGCGAGCAUCGGCGGCCUGAUGUCCAAGCGUAUGGCCUAUAACGGCGUCUUGGGGUGCGUGGUCUCCGGAAGGUUCCGGGAUCUGGCGGAGCAGCGGACAAGCGGAAUUGAGAUCUGGGCUGCGGGGCGGAGUUCGGUGGCGACGGGCGCGGAGGCCAAGGUUUGGGGACGGGAUUGUGAGGUUGAGGUGGCAGGUGUGAAGAUCAAACCGGGGGACGUGGUAGUUGCGGACGGGAGCGAGGGCUGCGUGGUGGUGGUGCCAAGAGAAUUGCUGGGGAGCGUUCUGGAGGUGAUUGGUGGACUCGUGGAAGCGGACGACAAGGUGAUGGAGGCCUUGGGCAAGGGAAUGACCGUGAAGGAGGCUUUUGCAAGGUUUCGGGGCGGGCAGUGA